AUGCGACAGCCGUCAGAACCAACAAAGGUCAGCAUUAUGGCCAGUGCACCACCGGUUCAAGUAGAAGCAUGCAGCUCUAUGCAGCCCCACAUCGAGGAAGGACUCAGCCCCAGAAAAGAGGCAAGUCCAUGGAACAGUGGUACCGGUUCUCAGAAAGCCCCUGAGCAGGGGGGUGCCCAACCCAGACUGCGCUGCAAAGCUGAAGCGGAUGCACUGGAUACCUGGCAUAGCUGGGACGGCUCAUCGUCGUCCUUUCCAGGCAAGCCACCACGGCCUUCAGACUGGGCAUCGGCUGAAACAGUAUAG